AUGUGUACGGGUUUUGUAAAGUCUCCAUUUAAAAUUGAUAAAAACAAAAUUAAAAUAACGUUACUAACAGAAAAUAAUUUAUUAAAAGAAACAACUAAUAUAGUACCGUAUAAUGGAUUUUAUGCAAUACCAAUAUAUAAUACAGGAAAAUAUAUUCUUAAAAUUAUCAGUAAUACUGAUGUUAUCUUUGAUCCACCUUUUUUUAAAUUAGAUUUACAAAAUUUUGAUAAUAAUAUUAAAAAUAAAGAAUUUAAUUUUAAUGCUCUUGGUUAUGAAAUAAAGGGAAAAAUUGAAGAUUUAAUUGAUAUUAAUCGAGUUGCAGUAAAAUUAGAAUCAUUAGAUGGUGAGAUUGUUAAAAUGGAAACAGUUAAUAAUGAUGGUGAAUUUAAAUUUAUCGUUAUUCCUGGUGAAUAUAGUAUUUCAAUUUUAACAUCACAAGCUACUUGUUUUCAUAAAUCUCAAUAUACUAUAAAUGUAAUAGAUAGUUCUGUUGAGAUACCUAUAACAUAUAUUUCUGGAUAUUUUAUAACUAUAAAUAUAAAUGGUUUAAAUGAUUUAAAUUCUAGAAUAAAACUUCAAAUAUCUUCUGAUAAAAAAUUAUUUAUUGAAAAUUGUAUUACAAUUAAAAAUAACAAAAAAUAUAAAUGUAUUAUUGAAAUUUCUACUCAAUCACCAAAUAUUAUUAAAUGUUUACCAAAAGGUAAAUAUAUAAUUAAACCUAUGAUAACAAAUGAUACUGGUAUAUUAUUUUUACCACAUGAAAAAGAAAUAGAAAUUGAUAAUGAAAAUAUAAAUAUUUCAUUUGAAAUUGAUACUUUUAGAGUUUAUGGUAAAACAUUAGCUAAUGGUAUUCCUAUAAAUGAUGUUAAAAUUUAUAAUGAAAAUGAAUAUAUUGCUACAAGUGAUAAUGAGGGAAAUUUUAUAUGGAAUAAUGUUAGAAAAGGAACUUAUAAUAUUGAGGCAAAAAAAGAUGGAAUUAUAUUUACACCUAUUAAAGCUAUAUUAGAUGUUAAUAAUCAAGUUAUACAACCAUUUAAUGUUGUCAAAUUUAGAGUUUCUGGUCAUGUUACUUUAGAAAAUAAUAGAACAGAAAAAAUUGAUCUUUCAAUUGAGUCAUUAAUUAUUAAUGCCAAAUUGUCUAUAAGAACAAAUGAACAGGGAAAAUUUUUAAUAUUUCUACCUAUUGGAAACUAUUCAAUAACUGUAAAUGAUAAAAAACAUGGAUUUGUACCAAGAACACAUCUUGCUAUUUUUAAAGAUAAACCUUUAGAUAAUAUUAUUUUUUCAAAAUUAAAAAUAGAUAUUAUAAUUAUACUUAAAAUUUUUGAAAAUACCUGUGAAAAUAUUAUAAUAAAUAUGAAGGAUGAUGAAGAAAUUUUUAAUAAAAAACAGUCAUGUUCUGGUAAUGAAAUUGUUUUUAAAAAUGUUUCACCAGGUACAUUUACAAUAUCAAUUCAUGAUGAAAAUUUAUAUUGUUGGAAAGAAAAUAGUGUAAAAAAAUUUAUUACUGGUAAUGAUGAUAAUAUAAUAGUAUUUGUUCAGACAGGAUAUUUUUUAAAAUUUUACUCUCCAAUUGAAACAACAUUAAAUGUUAUUGAAAAAGAAUCUAAUAUUUUAUAUCCGAUUAAUGUUAAAAAUGAUAUCAAUAUGUUAUGUGUUUCUAAUAAAGGUCAAUACAAGAUAUUAAACAAUGAUUGUUAUGUUUUUGAGGAAUCAUCAUCUGAAUUAUCUGUAAAUGAAAAUUCCAUAAAACAUAUUAUGGUUAAAGAAUUUAUUAUAGCAAUUGGUAUAGAAAUGGUUGAUAUAAUAAUUAAUGAUCCAUUACCAUUUAAUGUAAAAAUAAUUAAUAAUAAAAAUAUAUAUGAGAAAAUUUAUGUCACAGAAAUUGAACCAAAUAAUAAUCAUACCUUAAAACUUAAUAUUGAUAACAAAUAUGAAGAAAGUACAUUUUUAAUAACACCAAUUUCUAAGAAUCUUAUCAUGGAGCCUAAAUUUAUUAAGAUUAAUUUUGAUAAAAAUUGUCAGAUGAAAAAGAAUUUAUUCAAAUUUUAUAAAGGCCAUUUUAUAGAGGGGAAAAUUUCUUCCUAUGUUAAUGGAGUUGUGGUAAAAUAUGUUGAUGAGGAAAACAAUAUUAAAUUAAAUAGUUUUGUUAAAGAAAAUGGAACUUUUAUUAUUGGUCCAUUAAAAUAUAUUAAUGAUAAAUAUUUAUCAUUAGAAAAGAAAAAAUAUAAAUUUGUUCUUAUUAAAAAAGAUACAGUAUAUUUGUAUAAAACAAUAGAAUUAUCAACUUUAUAUAUUGAAUUUAAAAAUAAUAUAACAGGAGAAUUUAUUAAAAAUGUAAUGGUAACUAUAUAUAGUGAAUCAUCGUAUCUUACCAAAAAUGUUGCAUCAAAAGGUACCCUGAAAAUAACAGACUUAGAAGAAGGAAAUUAUAUUAUAAGUCCAUUUAGACAAGAAUAUCAUUUUUAUAAUACAUCAAAAAUAAUUAAAGUAGAAUCAAAAAAAUUAAAUACAUUAAUAUUAUAUGGAAUUCAAAUUUCAUAUAGUAUUUUUGGAAAAAUUACCUAUCCAAAUAAUGAUCCAUUACCAAAUAAAUAUCUUCAAGGUAUUAGUAAAGAUUGUAACUCAUCACAAGAAAUUGGUUUAACAGAUAAAAAUGGUGAAUAUAGAAUACCAAAUCUUUAUCCAUUUUGUACAUAUAAAAUAACAGUACAAAAUAAAAAAAAUACUAAUUUUUAUACAUUUCCUAAAGAUUAUACUAUUAUGGUUAAAGAUUCACCCAUACAAAAUAUAAAUUUUAUAUAUUUUAAAUUAUCAAAUCAAAAUUUAGAAGUUUAUGUUAAAAUUGAUCUCAUUGACAUUCCGGUACAAAACUUUAUUGAAAUUGGAAUUUAUCGUAUUAAAGAAAAAACUCCUGUUUUAAAAAAAAUUCUUAUCAAAGAACAAUUAUCAUUUUUUGUUUCUAAAUUACCAUUAGACAAUGAAACAUAUAUUAUUAAAAUUGAUAAAAUAUCUGAUAGUAGAUUUAAAUAUCAAUAUAAUAGUGGUAUAUUUAAAGCAAACACAACAUUCCAAUUUUUAAAAAUUAUUCUAGAACCAAAAAAAUUUAAUUCAGAAAUAGGAGUACCACCAGGAAAUAUAAUUGGUCUCAUUAUUACAACUCUUAUUGUUUUUAUAUUUUUUAAUACAGAAAAUAUAAAAUUAAUUAUACUUUUUUUAAUAGACUAUUGGAAAUAUAUGAUAGGAAGAGAAACUUUAUUUGGAAAAGAAAGAUUAUAUGGGAGGAGAAGAUAA